CCGUCGACAUGCGCGCGGUGCUCGAGCUGACGCGCAGACGCGCGAGAAACGCUCGUUUCGCGCGCGCGCGCGCCGUCGUCGGCGCGAGAGCGCGCGCGGCGGACGCGCAGGAGCUUCGGGACGACUCGAAGGGGGGCUCGAGCGUGGAUAAAGCGACGUCGACGGCGGCGGAGGCGCGCGAGACGGCGCACACGCUCGAGGGAUUUCGCGAGGCGCUGAGGCACGGACCGGGAUUCGAUGACUUCGUGCGAGGCGACGUGGCGUACAGCGUGCCGGCGCCGAAGAGCCUGAAGGAUAAGACGACGCGUAAGCCCGCGUGGCUGAAGCGCGAGGUGCCGGGGGGCGAGCGGUACACGGAGAUAAAGUCCAAAUUGCGCGAGCUGAAGCUGGCGACGGUGUGCGAGGAAGCGAAGUGCCCGAAUUUGGGCGAGUGCUGGGGGGGCGGGGACGGGAAGACGGCGACGGCGACGAUCAUGAUCAUGGGCGACACGUGCACGCGAGGGUGCCGGUUUUGCGCGGUGAAGACGGCGAAGGCGCCGCCACCUUUGGAUAAGGAUGAACCGGCGAACGUGAGCAAGGCAAUCGCGGCGUGGGGAUUGGAUUACGUCGUGCUGACGAGCGUCGAUCGGGACGAUAUCGAGGAUCAAGGAGCGGGGCAUUUUCGGGAGACGGUGCAACGUCUCAAGGCGUCUUGCGACGUCUUGGUCGAGGCGUUGACGCCGGAUUUCAGGGGCGAGAAGCACUUGGUCGAGCUCGUGGCUACUUCAGGCUUGGAUGUUUUCGCGCACAACGUCGAGACGGUUCCCGAGCUUCAACGCGACGUCCGUGAUCGACGGGCGAACUGGGACCAAUCCAUCGAGGUUUUGAAGCACGCGAAAAAGUCGGGGGCGAAAAUCACGAAGACGUCCAUCAUGCUUGGUCUCGGAGAGACGCAUGAGCAAGUCGUCAACGCGCUGAAAUUACUUCGUGAGGCUGACGUGGACGUUGUGACGUUUGGUCAGUACAUGCGACCGACGAAGAAACACUUGGCAGUCGUCGAAUACGUCACCCCGGAGGCGUUCAAGCGGUAUCAGGAAAUCGCCGAAGAAAUGGGCUUUCUGUACGUCGCCUCCGGCGCAAUGGUGCGAUCGUCGUACAAGGCUGGCGAAUUCUUUUUAGCGAAUGUCAUUAAACAGCGCAAAGCGAAGGAAGCUGCGGCAGCGAACUAAUGUUUUAUCGUUA